GAUCAAUUUUUGAAGAAGAAAAAAUUAAAAACAAACUCUUGAAGUGGGAGGCGCCUUCAAGUAUGUUAGUUGCACCCUGGUGACCCGAUCAGAUCAAUCGAUGGCUUCAAAAGGAGGGUUUCCCAUUGCCUCAGCCAACAACGAAGAAGUCUUUCAAGCCUCAAACCUGUGGUACAUGUAAAGUGCAGAUUCAUCUUCGAUUGCUGCCGCACCGAUACGCACCCCGCCAAGUCCCUGCUCCAGCUACCAGUAGCGAUGGUUCUUCGAGGAUAGACAUUUCAUGAUCGGUGCUACGACAAGGAUUCAACUAACAACGAUUGUCUUCGUGAAAAGAGGAUUCGUACUUAUUGGUACCAUGCAUCAACAAGGAAGUCAAUCGUAUUUCAUGUUCCUUGUUAGUUGGCUGCAAGUACGGGUGGCAUUUUCUUUGCAGAGGCAACUCUUGAAGCGCCGUACUGAAGCAAGAGAGUCCAUAUCAGCAUGCAGGCAGAAGAAUUCAAUUCUGGGACUACUUGUUAGCUGAUGACAGCAUCAACAGAAUUUAAAUGAGCUGCCGUGGUCGGUAUCGGUAGUUCGCAUUCAAUGGGAACUCUCUCGUUCCGCAACCAGCCAACGAUGUGUGCAACGACCAAAAAGGGAACGUGCCAACAAGUUGACGAUUUGGCGGCACUCCCUGUUGACAUGGAAAAACAGCACUCACAUUGCAAGAAGUGCAAGAAUAAUUCAACAAUCCAUCCAACAGCAAAACCAAAGUCCGUGGAGUGACAGUCGAGCCGUCUAAAAUGAGAAAGUACGUGUCACGCCAAGAGAGUACCCUGGGUCGAAGGAGGUCCAAUAUUCCCAGUUUGGUAUGUGCCUUUGCGGCAUCGGCCACCACUGGAGGCACCAUUUAUUGUUUUGGCGUCUUGGCCAAUGACCUCAAAAAGGCGCUCCAAAUCACCCAAAUGCAGCUGGGAGCCGUCAGUGCGGCCUUUUUCAUUGCUGGUCUAAUUAGCUGGAUUCCAGGAAUGGUGGUGGACAGAAUGAAGAUGCGAUUCUCCAUGUCCUGUGGUGGUCUUUCCGGUGCUACAUUUACCACCAUAUAUUGGAUUCUAUGUCGUAACCCGGGCCUAUCUCCGUUUUUCCGCGACCAUCCUGUGGCCGUUCUCUCUUGUUUGGCCAUUGCCAUUUGCCUCAGUUGUGGGUUGAUUGUGGGAACGUCUUCAAGCUCACACUUGUGCGGAGGACGCGAUGGCAAGGGGCCAGCUGUUGGUAUUGCCAAGGGCUUUGUCGGUUUGGGUUCAGGUGUCUACGCUACCCUUUUUCAAGCCAUUCGAGAUGACAACGAAUCUACCUUGGACUUUUUGUUGGUGAUUGCCUUCUUUUUCAUUCUCAAUGCAACUCUUCCAGCUCUAUUUUUGCUGCCGCCCAAAGAGGAGUCUCAUCCUCGAUUGAUGAGAAUGGAAACUACUCCACUGCACUUUCGCACCAUGUACGCAAGCCUGGCAGUCUUGUGCUUGUUCAUUUUGGGAAGUGCCAUUUGUGACAUCUGGAGUGUUAGUGACGAUCAACCAAAGGGCAGAAACUUUGGCAAUGUACUGAUGAUCCUCAUCCUCUGGCUUGGGCCCAUUGUCUCCCUUUUUCUACCCGAGAUGUUGCAGACAUCACCGGCUUGGAUCAUGUUGUGCAUUACGCUAGUCCUUGUUGGCUCUGGAACGGCCAAGACUAACAACAUGGGACAGAUGGUCGAGGCUCUUGGCUUCACCGAGAGUGUGACCCCAGCCACGCUAGCCAUUUUUUCGGUAGCACAAGCAGCGGCCCGCAUAUCGACAGGUAUCCUGUCCGAGGCUGCCCUCAAAUGGAGCAACGUGAGUGUCCCGUCCUUUAUCAGAGCAGAGGACAGCAACGGUGGUAUCCCCCGGCCCUUUUUCUUGGUGAUUGCCUGCAGCAUUUCAUUGCUGGCCCACUUGCUGCUGGCAGCCUCGACCGAUCUGGUUUCGUUUGUCUUCGGUUGUGCCAUUUCAGCAAUUGCCUUUGGCAUGGCAUGGCCGUUGAUGGUCCUGAUUGUGGGCGACGUCUUUGGAGUGGAGCACCACGGGGCAAACUACAUGUUUUUUGACGGGGGUACCAAGGCUCUUGGUACCUUGUUGCUAUCAGAGUUUCUUGCUGGAUUUGUUUAUGAAGCUCAUGUCGACAAUCAACAUCACUUGGAUCAGGGAGUCGACGGUAUGCUCAACGCCUGUUGGGGCCCGCAGUGCUUCCGAGAUACACAUCUUGUGAUUGCUGGCUUGUCUUUGAUAUGUAUGGUGGCAAGCUUGCUUCUCUGCUAUCAAACUCGGUUUGCCUAUGGUUCUCCUCUGGCUAGGUGA